CAGUGCCAUUCCCAAAGCCAGUGUCGCUUUCUGAGUCCGAAGGAUAGCCGUGCAAAACGACAUUGAAAUGGACAAAGUGGACCAAAAGCCUCCUUUCCCGAAAACGUAACAAUUAUAGAAACUGUAUUACACUUCAAAUAUAGUAAUAGUACACACGAGAUCGCCCAAUUGUUUGAUAUUUUCUCAUGUAAUGAACUCAUGCAUUCCAUACAUAUCCUCGCAUUUGCGAAAGGAUGAUCUAACAUUGACUUAGGCAUUAACUGCUGUCCGUAAUUAAUCAUAAUUAUAGCACAUUUAGGCUGCACAUAUAUGACUAUAUAAUGGUGCGCAAUACUUCCCAUAGCAUACAAGACAAAUAUGCACAACACCGUAUUAUGUGUGCCUUUACCUCCCUGUUAGAACAUGCAAUAUCUUCCCCAAUUAUCGUAACUUUCGUUUUAUGUCCAUUCCAGAUUCUUUGAUUCAUAGUUUGAUUAUUUAAUUUCAUGGUUUGUUUUCUGUCGAAAUGCAUAGAAAAAAAUACCAAUUACUUUAGCUUUUACGGUUUUAUUGAUAUUACUGCAUCGUAGCUGGCUUGAUUAGAUGAAAAACGUGAAUAUAGUCAAUCCUCAAUGUAUAGAGACGGAUACAUAUCAGAAAAUCCUAAGUAAAAUCAUGCUUUUUAAGGAGAUUCUGAAUACAGCCCUCUUGUUUAGGACCGACGACAAGAGACCAUGUGAAAAAAAAUACCUUCUAUGAAUGGUUAUAUGACUGUGACAUUGGUUAUAUUAUAUUACAGAUAUAUUAGAUAAUUUUAUUUAAAGGGUUAAUGCCUUGCCGAUAAUCAGCGACAACGCCUGCCCCACAUACAGGACUGACUAACCAAUAGGUUUCUAUACUGACAAGUACGUUUAUUGUCUCCACUUUUUGUAGAUAAAAGUACAUUUCAUAAACUGGGGUAUUUUGUGGGCAGUAACCAAUAGGAAAUAGGGUAACUGGAUUUGGCUGAUGACGACGUCAAAAUAAACAUCGCUGGUCAUCGUUAUUGAUCCCCAUCGAUUAGAAGGUACAAUACUUUUGUCAUUUGCUAAGUAGGCUAUCGCCGGCGCGCGCAAAUAAGCGCAUUCCCAACACCACAACAAUGUUCAGGUAAUAACAAUGCUGACAAAACCUAAUUCACAAAGAGUCUACUGUGCAGUUGGAUCUAUCUUAUUGUUCCAACUCACAAUCCUAUUUAAUUAAGGCUUGGGAGUAAAAGUGCGCUUGUGUUUUCCACACUAAUAAGAGAUGGGUGCACUUAAAGUGGCAAUCUAUUGUGCGACCAAUAUCAGCAAACCCACAAUAAACUACACGGUUCUCGUAAAAUGGCAAUUGUUCUCUAUCUCAUGACCAUUAUUUUGGCCACGGGGCUUGCGUGCGGCCUGGUAAUUUGCGCUGUUGCAUUAUUGUAUACCCUAUUCUGUACGAUUCGGAAAAUCAGCUACCUGCAGUAUUGGUGGACAUAGUGGAAAAAUACUACAGAAAAGCCUGGACCUGAAAAGGGCAUCAAACAUAAUGUCAUCCUCUCAAAACUUAUGGCGAGCUCUGAUUACACAAAAGUGGGGGAUUGGCUGCAAUCCUGCGGCAGGAGAUACUGGGCCUAGCAGUGUACCGGAGUGACAAUGACUGUUUAUCAAGGGGCCUCGACACCGCAGUGCGGUGCGUCUAUCUUCCAUCUUUCUGCAGACGAAGGCCCCGGAAGAAGUUCCUUAGCGACAAAACGUGCUAUUUCAGAACACCCUGGAAAUAUGUGAUAUACCGUAUUUACAACCGGCACUGAAAGGUCCGAAACAUGUUCUUAGUAAUGUUGUUGUACGAGCAAUGGGAAACAAGGGUAGCACAACAUGAAGUGUAAACGUGGUAGUCCUUUCACUGUUGGUCCUGACACAAUUAUCUCAGACUGUGGUGUGGGGGACCUGCACACGUCGUUUAGUCGUAUUAGGGACUGUAAAACGAGCAGCUGCAAUGUCAACACAUGAGAGACAAUCACCCCCUCCACUAUAUAUACUGACAACACCAUAGACUUCUCCCACAUAGGUUACACCCAAACUAAGUUAAGACUCCUUCUAUUCUUAGACAUGUAUAUAAUUAGAGUUGUUGUAUACUCUUACGAGUCUUACGAGUAGGGACGGUGUUGAAGAAAAGCAAUACACUGGUCUUCAAAAAUAUCAUAUUUACCGACGUUCGUUUGCUGAUCAUCAACUGGAGUUGGCUUGAAGCUGGGUCUAAUUUCUGCACGUUUGUUCAAAAUAAAUGUUUCCCUUCUAUCUGUCAUGCUGUUGUGAUUUGUGCCAUGCUCUGUGUGUAAAGUGUUGGUUUUAUGUUUGUCAUACGAAGAACUCGGCUGAGUUUUUUUUAUUAUUAUUAUUAUUAACGACACGUUUAUGAACAAUCAAAUGGUCCUCGUAAAAAAUUAUUGAGGGACAUAAAAACAUGCAUGGCCUCUUUCCGAAUUUAGCCUCAGUAGUGGGCAGGUCUGCUCAAUCCCCGUCAAAAGUUCGUUUAGCAGUGAAUAUCCCGUGCGUACAAAGUUUGUACAACUUAAUAGUCCAUCAAAACCGAUAAAUAGCAGCUUCACCCCAAGUAAUCAUAUUGGAACACACAUCGAAAAGGAGUGCGGUCAGAAAUAAACUAUUUUUAUCGAUUGCAGUGAAUUAAUGCUCAAGAUCAUGAUAGAAAACGAUAAGCCUUGUAUUUAAAUCGAGCAGUUCUGGUGGAUAUGUCGAAGUUUUUUUGUUUCAAACGACAUUUUGUCGACAAAGACAAAUUACACGAGGAAAUAGUGCGUUCUUUAGAGCGGUCAACGUACCUCCGUGGUCCAAUAACUGGGGGGCGCAGUUCUCCAUUGUUUAUGACAACAGCAUAAAACUAUGGCAUGAUGAGUGGUUAUUCCGGCCUAAUGAUUGGUCACAGAAUGGAAAUCCUUUUCAUAAAGAGCAUUUUCGGAUCUGAAGUACAUCACUGUCCCAAGUAUUGCGUGCGCAUUAAUCGACUGUAUAAUUUUGGAGUAAAUAUGAUCACGUGUCUUCCACCAGCCAAUGAGAGCUCAAAAGCCCCGGGAGAAAUAAUUACCUGACUUGAUUGUUCUAUGGGCAGAUAAAAAAGUACACAUACACUCCAUAUAAUAAUCUGAUGCAUGUAAAAGAGGAGAGAGGUAUCACAUCGUCAUGUCGACCACGGGUCCUAUAAGCAAUUAUUAUGUGGAUUCGUUGAUAAACCACGAGAGCGAGGAAGUAUUAGCGACGCGUUUCUCCGCGCCGGAGCUGCUCCCUGCCGGUUCACGACCGUCUCCUCUUGUCCCGGAGUGCUCGGAUUUUCCUUCUUGCAGCUUUGCGCCUAAACCUCCAGUCUUUACCUCGUCCUGGGGCCCAGUGCACUCGCAGUCCUCCGUGGUGUACCAUCCCUAUACCCAUCCGCCACACUUAAGCACAGACUCGAGGUAUGUGCGGUCGUGGUUGGAGCCUAUCUCUGGAACAGUCUCUUUCCCAGGCUACCCGGCUAACAGCAGACACUACGGGCUGAAGCCAGACGCUAUCCCCGAACGCAGACCCGGAGAUUGCAUCGCCGCCAACGGACGCGGCUAUCCGGAUUACUAUUAUGGUUCUUCACCUGAUCUCCGGGAUAAAACGCAGCAGAUCAUCCCUUCGCCAGAGGCGGAGGCUUUGGUUUCGGGCAAGCUCAAAGAAGACAAGCCGGAGUUUGAUCCAAAUAACCCAGUGGCGAAUUGGAUCCAUGCGCGCUCCACCAGGAAGAAGCGGUGUCCUUAUACCAAAUAUCAAACACUUGAACUCGAGAAAGAGUUUUUGUUCAAUAUGUACCUUACAAGGGACCGUCGAUACGAGGUCGCCCGGGUCCUAAAUCUCACCGAGCGACAGGUCAAAAUUUGGUUCCAGAAUCGACGGAUGAAGAUGAAGAAAAUGAACAAGGAGAAGACCGAGAGUAAUGAACAGUAGCUCGAAAUGACAGACACAGAAGAUUACGAAAA